AUGGCCCCCAUUGCCGGGGUCACGCAGCUCCAGGGCGACAUCACCUCGGCGGCCACGGCGGCCGGCGUGGUGGCCGCCUUCGAGGGCCGACCAGCACAGCUGGUGGUCUGCGACGGCGCGCCCGACGUCACGGGCCUGCACGACCUGGACGAGUACGUGCAGGAGCAGCUGCUGCUGGCCGCGCUGGCCAUCGCCGCCGCGGUGCUGCAGCCCGGCGGCGGCUUCGUGGCCAAGAUCUUCCGCGGGCGGGACGCAGCCCUGCUCACCGCGCAGCUGCGGUGCCUGUUCCGGGGCGUGGAGGUGGCCAAGCCGCGCAGCUCCCGAAACUCCAGCAUCGAGGCGUUUGUGGUGUGCCGCGACUUCGCGCCGCCCCCGGGGUUUGACCCCACCUGCCUCCAGGCGCUGCUGGAGGCGGGAGCGGCCGAGUACGAGGCGGCCGGGGACAGCUUGGCGGUACGGCAGCUGGUGCCCUUCAUGGCGUGCGGGGACCUGUCUGGCUGGGACGCCGACCGGUCCUACGACCUCCCCAGCCAGGGUGCAGCGGGGUACACCCCACUGCAGCCGGUCCAGCCGCCCACCGCCCCGGCCUACAAGGCCGCCAUCGCCCUGUCCAGGACAGGGGGGUCUCGGGCCCGAUGA